AUGUAUAUGUUAACUUUGAUAACUACAGCAUUAAGCACCAAUAAGGAAUUGUUUGUGUCUUUUCAGUCUAUUCGAGAAGUUACAGGCUACGUGUUAGUGGCUCUUAAUCAGUUUCGCUACCUGCCUCUGGAGAAUUUACGCAUUAUCCGUGGAACAAAACUUUAUGAGGAUCGAUAUGCCUUGGCAGUAUUUUUAAACUACAGAAAAGAUGGGAACUUUGGACUUCAAGAACUUGGACUAAAGAACUUGACAGAAAUCCUUAAUGGUGGAGUCUAUGUAGACCAGAACAAAUUUCUUUGUUACACAGACACAAUUCAUUGGCAAGAUAUUGUUCGGAAUCCGUGGCCUUCCAACUUGACUCUCGUGUCAACAAACGGUAGCUCAGGAUGUGGACGUUGCCAUAAGUCCUGUACUGGCCGAUGCUGGGGACCCACAGAAAAUCAUUGCCAGACCUUGACAAGGACGGUGUGUGCAGAACAGUGUGACGGCAGGUGCUAUGGACCCUACGUCAGUGACUGCUGUCAUAGAGAAUGUGCUGGAGGUUGCUCAGGACCAAAAGACACCGACUGCUUUGCCUGCAUGAAUUUCAAUGACAGUGGAGCGUGUGUUACUCAAUGUCCCCAAACUUUUGUCUACAAUCCAACCACCUUUCAGCUGGAACAUAACUUCAAUGCAAAGUAUACAUAUGGAGCAUUUUGUGUCAAGAAAUGCCCACAUAACUUUGUGGUGGAUUCCAGUUCUUGUGUGCGUGCCUGCCCUAGUUCCAAGAUGGAAGUAGAAGAAAAUGGGAUUAAAAUGUGUAAACCUUGCACUGAUAUUUGCCCGAAAGCUUGUGAUGGCAUUGGCACAGGAUCACUGAUGUCAGCUCAGACCGUGGAUUCCAGUAACAUCGACAAAUUCAUAAACUGCACCAAAAUCAAUGGGAAUUUGAUCUUCCUUGUCACUGGUAUUCAUGGGGACCCUUACAAUGCAAUUGAAGCCAUAGAUCCAGAGAAACUGAAUGUCUUUCGGACCGUUCGAGAGAUAACAGGUUUCUUGAACAUACAGUCAUGGCCUCCAAACAUGACUGACUUCAGUGUUUUUUCUAACCUGGUGACCAUUGGUGGAAGAGUACUCUACAGUGGCCUCUCCUUGCUUAUCCUCAAACAACAGGGCAUCACUUCUCUACAAUUCCAGUCCCUGAAGGAAAUCAGUGCAGGAAACAUCUAUAUUACUGACAACAGCAACCUAUGUUAUUAUCAUACCAUUAAUUGGACAACACUCUUCAGCACUAUCAACCAAAGAAUAGUGAUCCGGGACAACAGAAAAGCUGAAAACUGUACUGCUGCAGGAAUGGUGUGCAACCAUCUGUGUUCAAGUGAUGGCUGCUGGGGACCUGGCCCAGACCAAUGCCUGUCCUGCCGUCGCUUCAGCAGAGGAAGGAGCUGCAUAGAGUCUUGUAACCUCUAUGAUGGUGAAUUUCGAGAGUUUGAGAAUGGCUCCAUCUGUGUGGAGUGUGACCCCCAGUGCGAGAAGAUGGAAGACGGCAUCCUCACAUGCCAUGGACCGGGACCUGAUAACUGCACAAAGUGUUCCCAUUUUAAGGAUGGCCCGAACUGUGUGGAAAAAUGUCCAGAUGGCUUGCAGGGGGCAAACAGUUUCAUUUUCAAGUAUGCUGAUCAAGAUCGAGAGUGCCAUCCAUGCCAUCCAAACUGCACCCAAGGGUGUAGCGGCCCCACUAGUCAUGACUGCAUUUACUAUCCUUGGACGGGCCAUUCCACUUUACCACAACAUGCUAGAACUCCUCUAAUUGCAGCUGGAGUCAUCGGCGGGCUCUUCAUCCUGGUCAUCGUGGGUCUAACAUUUGCAGUUUAUGUUAGAAGGAAGAGUAUCAAAAAGAAAAGAGCCCUGAGAAGAUUUCUGGAAACAGAGUUGGUAGAACCCUUAACUCCCAGCGGCACAGCACCCAAUCAAGCUCAACUGCGUAUUUUAAAAGAAACUGAGCUCAAAAGAGUGAAAGUACUUGGCUCGGGAGCUUUUGGAACAGUGUAUAAAGGUAUUUGGGUACCUGAAGGAGAAACAGUAAAGAUUCCUGUGGCUAUUAAGAUUCUUAAUGAAACAACUGGUCCCAAAGCCAAUGUGGAGUUCAUGGAUGAAGCUUUGAUCAUGGCAAGUAUGGACCAUCCACACUUAGUCCGGUUAUUGGGUGUGUGUCUGAGCCCAACCAUUCAACUGGUUACACAGCUUAUGCCCCAUGGCUGCCUGUUGGAUUAUGUCCAUGAACAUAAGGAUAACAUUGGAUCCCAGCUACUGCUUAACUGGUGUGUCCAAAUAGCUAAGGGAAUGAUGUACCUGGAGGAAAGACGGCUUGUUCAUCGGGAUUUGGCAGCCCGAAAUGUCUUAGUGAAAUCUCCAAACCAUGUGAAAAUCACAGAUUUUGGACUAGCUAGGCUCUUAGAAGGAGAUGAAAAAGAGUAUAAUGCUGAUGGAGGAAAGAUGCCGAUUAAAUGGAUGGCUCUGGAGUGUAUACACUACAGGAAGUUCACCCAUCAGAGUGAUGUUUGGAGUUAUGGAGUUACCAUAUGGGAACUGAUGACCUUUGGAGGAAAACCCUAUGAUGGAAUUCCAACCAGAGAAAUCCCGGAUUUAUUAGAGAAAGGAGAACGUUUGCCCCAGCCUCCUAUCUGCACUAUUGACGUUUACAUGGUCAUGGUCAAAUGCUGGAUGAUUGAUGCAGACAGUAGACCUAAAUUUAAGGAACUGGCUGCUGAAUUUUCGAGGAUGGCUCGAGACCCUCAAAGAUAUCUAGUUAUUCAGGGUGAUGAUCGCAUGAAGCUUCCCAGUCCAAAUGACAGCAAGUUCUUUCAGAAUCUCUUGGAUGAAGAGGACCUGGAAGAUAUGAUGGAUGCUGAGGAAUACCUGGUCCCUCAGGCUUUCAACAUCCCACCUCCCAUCUAUACUUCCAGAGCAAGAAUUGACUCAAAUAGGAGUGAAAUUGGACACAGCCCUCCUCCUGCCUACACCCCCAUGUCAGGAAACCAGUUUGUAUACCGAGACGGGGGGUUUGCUGCAGAGCAAGGAGUGCCUGUGCCGUACAGAGCCACGACCAGCACAAUCCCAGAAGCUCCAGUUGCUCAGGGGGCUACAGCCGAGAUUUUUGAUGACUCCUGCUGCAACGGCACCCUACGCAAGCCAGUGGCACCCCAUGUUCCAGAGGAUAGCAGCACCCAGAGGUACAGCGCCGACCCCACGGUGUUUGCCCCAGAACGGAGCCCACGAGGAGAGCUGGAUGAAGAAGGUUACAUGACCCCUAUGCGAGAUAAACCUAAACAAGAAUACCUGAACCCUGUGGAAGAAAACCCUUUUGUUUCUCGGAGAAAAAAUGGAGACCUUCAAGCUUUGGAUAAUCCCGAAUAUCACAAUGCUUCCAACGGUCCUCCCAAGGCAGAGGAUGAGUAUGUGAAUGAGCCACUGUACCUCAACACCUUUGCCAACGCGUUGGGGAAUGCCGGGUACCUGAAGAACAAUGUACUGUCUGUGCCAGAGAAGGCCAAGAAAGCAUUCGACAACCCUGACUACUGGAACCACAGCCUGCCACCCCGGAGCACCCUUCAGCACCCAGACUACCUGCAGGAGUACAGCACAAAAUAUUUUUAUAAACAAAAUGGACGGAUCCGGCCUAUUGUGGCAGAGAAUCCUGAAUACCUCUCUGAGUUCUCGCUGAAGCCAGGCACCGUGCUGCCUCCUCCACCCUACAGACACCGAAACACUGUGGUGUAAGCUCAGCGGUGGCUUUAAGAUAGAGACACGCCCGCUCCAAUUUCCCUGCCGCCUCUCUUUCUCUUAUGGUCUUCCUUCUAUUCCCAAGGCCAGUAGUUUUGACACUUCCCAGUGGAAGAUAUAGAGAUGCAAUGAUAGUCAUGUGCUCAUCUAACUUGAACAUUAGAAGGAAGAACUGAAAGAGAAAGACAGGAGGAACCACACUGUUUCUUCAUUUCUCUGCAUGGGUUGGUCAGGAGACUGGAACAGCUAGGGAAGGACCAGCAAAUAUAAGGCAAUACUGCCUGCUGUCAAGCUAGUUCUCAACUUUUUCCCUUUUUUGUCUCUUUCUUUCUUUUUCUUUCU